AUGACGGCCCAGGAGGAACUGAACGAGAAAGCUAAGGCUCUGGAGGCGGCCCGCAUCCAACGGCUACCGGGCGAGGCUUUUUACAUCCCGGACUUUGUAUCGCGCGAGGAAGAGGAGAGGCUUUUGGCGAAGAUAUCGUCUGCCCCCCUCCCAACCUGGAAACACCUCUCCCACCGGCGCCUACAGACAUACCCGAACGCUCUAACCGCGACCAACACACUGCUUGCUGCGCCCCUCCCGUCCUGGCUGACAAGCAGCCCGCCGAUCCUCGAGCGCUUCGCCGCACUAUCCCUCUUCGACGAUGCCCCGCACAAGGGUCCCAACCAUGUCCUGGUCAACGAGUACACGCCGGGCCAGGGCAUCAUGCCGCAUGAAGACGGGGCUGCGUAUUACCCGCUUGUUGCCACGGUGAGUCUUGGGGGUGUUGUUGUGCUGGAUCUGUAUGAGAAGAAUCAGGACCAGGGGCAUAGCCCCGCGGAUGAUGAUGAUGGUGAUGGUGAAGAACAAGGACGAGGGAGGACUCGGCAGCCGAAAUUCCGCAUUCUGCAGGAGAGGCGCAGUCUGCUUGUUACGAGAGGCGGCAUCUACAGGGAUUAUCUGCAUGGGAUUGCGGAACGGGAGAGGGAGGAAAAGCUGGGGCCGGAGUCGAUUUGCAACUGGGAGCUAUUGGGGGAUGCGGAGCGGUUCGCCGAGGGGGAGUGUGAGAGGGGGACGAGGGUGAGUCUGACGUAUCGGGAUGUGCUCAAGGUGGCCAAGCUGGGGAGUACGAUGAAGUUUUUGAAUAGGCAUUGA